AUGCAGUCUGGAAAGGUGUUGGUGUACUGUCACAUGACAAGCCAUGGACUUGGCGCAUGUGGAGGUGGGGGAUGGACGCUGGUGAUGAAAACUGAUGGCCAUAAGGUAUUCUUACAAUCUGCUUUAUCAAAAUUAAGGAAAAAACAUGAACAUAGUCCGCCAUAGUUAACAGCGUCGAGAGACUAACAUCCAGGUUAAGUUAUUAAUCACAGUUUUAAAAAUCUAUGAAAAAAUUGCUCCUAACCUUUUGUGAUAGACUUUUUCAAUAGAGAAUUACACGUUUACAAAUUUCUUAUUUCAUCUCGUAAUCUGUUUAUUUAUUUAUUUCUAUCGCAGCCAACUUUUCACUUCAAUUCCAAACUUUGGAGCAACAAGGUCAAUUUCAACCUUCCGGGAGGGAAGACUGGGAUCGACGCACAUGAGACUAAGCUUCCAACCUACUGGAACACACCCUUCUCAAAGAUCUGCCUGGGAAUGAAAAUCGGACACCAGACAAAGUUCGUUGUACUCUUCAAGCAAGCCAGUUCCCUCCACUCACUGAUUUCUGAUGGUCUUUACCGACCUACCUCACUGGGUCGCAACAAGUGGAAGUCGCUGAUUGGUUCCGAAGCUUCCCUACAGCCUAACUGUAACCAGGAGGGAUUCAACACCAAGUGGAGCUUCAGCAAUCCCGCGUACGCUCUCAGAGCAGCGAGAAUUGGUAUCCUUAGUAACGAACAAAACGACUGCAUUACUUGUGACUCCAGAAUCGGGUUUGGUACUGGAGGAGGCCCCGAUGACACCAACACGUGUGGAAACGAAGCUUUAGCCGGGAGCAGGGCAGAUAAUGGAGAAAAGCACAUCAAAGCAAUGGGAUACAUCUUUGUUCAGUAAAAUUACAAGGGACUAGCACUUGUGUAUUAAGAACGAGAGAAUUCCUAAUAAAAGCAUUUCAAGCGCUGUCUAUCAAAGGAUAUAAUUUUGUGUGUUUGUGUUUGCGGAGCGUGUACAAUAAACACGUUUUUGAGCAAUGAAUUUCUUGAUUAAUUUGUCUGAUUUUCACUUAAAGCCACCUUUAGUGUCGCAUAGUUGAGAUAGAUAUUGAGUUGACGUAUUUGCAGAUCUUUGAAGGCUGACAAACUUGAAGGUGAACGGCACACACAGGGAGUGUUUGGAAACUCGGAAUGACAUAGUUUCUACCUUUCUUUUUUCUACAACUUCUGCAAUAUUGAUUGGAUAUUUUUUCCAUACUUUUCGCAAUAACAUCAUGCAUGUGAAAUAAUGGUUCAUUUAAUCUGAUUCUUUACAAGUGACACAAGAGAGCCUCGCCAGCUUGUUCAUGUUCAAGGGUCGUGAUCUACGUCAAUUUUUAAAGUAAAAAGCUCAUAGACAGAUUGAUUUUCAGUCAGUAGUGUAUGACAAAAUUAAGGUGUCUUGGAAGAAAAACUCCUAGCACUCCCAACAGAAGUCGAACCUAUAAAUUUCUGGUCACUAGUUGCAGGCACUAAUUUCAGCCGACAUUUGGCGACGCUACCACUGGUUUCCCCGCCAAAUGACGUCUGAGAAACGAGCACAGAAAUUCCAUACUGAUCACAAUGCACUACCCAUAUCUGGGUAGUACUUGUGAUUGGUUGAAUCAAAUUUCCCACACAGCACGACUACUCACAAGCACUACCCAGAUUUGGGUAGUGACGCGUCAUCAGUAUGGAAUUUCUGCGCUCGUUUCUCAGACGUCACCAGUGGUAGCGUCGCCAAAUGUCGGUUGUUUUCUCAGGCUACUAAAAAGGUCACCACACAUUUUGAACGUAACUCAAAAUGGGUUGUUCAAAGCUGGGUUAAGAUAACCCAGGGUUAGUGCGAAAUUUGAGUUCAAAUAUAAAAGCUUAUAAAGUAAAUUCAGUUUAAUUAUUUUUGUCAAGAAGUUGAUGAUUGGAUGCUCUAAAAAAAGAGAGAAAAUUAUCCGAGAAAAUGCUUUUGAGCAAAAGAGAAAGAAAUCCGGGUUAAAAUUUAAUCCAGAGUUAGCGCUAAUCGGCCUUCGAACAACUGGGCCCUGGUGGUAGGAACAGACUGGGUGUCAAAAACUGUCGAUGGCCGUUACACUUCACCGCUAUAGAAAUCAAUAGCUUGUGUUCUUUCAAGCCGGUGUUUCCUCUCAAACAAGGGAAGCUUCAUUUAUUUGUGCUCUGAACUUGGAUUUCAAGACAGGCAUAAUAAUUGCCUGAUGCAGUUCUUAAAAUCUGUAAAUUCACUAGUUCCCUCUUUUAUGCUAGCAUCAAUCAGAAAAUACCAAACAAAACUGUGUCCACAGCAUUUAUGAUGGAAACAAGAGCUGGUGAUAAGCUAAGUGAAAACGGACACAGACUUCCAACAUGGUUGAGCCAACAAUGUUGGUAGUUGUUGCGUCCGUGUUGAUAGUGGUAUGCAAACGGAUGCAACAACUUCUAACGAUGUAGAGACCUGCAGUGCAUUGCAGGAAGGAUACAACCCAUGAGACUUUGGAAAACAUUUGUAAUGCGCGUGCGUGACCUUAACUAUGUUGAAAGAGCUGUGCAAACGGAUCCAAAAUUGUUGGGCUGCACUUCAGCGAUCACGGAACAAAGGAAACUGUGGGAGUUGUUAGCUCAUAAGUUUGACCGGUUUCAAACUUUGCGCAACAACUCGAUCCCAAAAAAGCCAGGACGUGUGUAAAAAAAUAACUAAAUAAAAUAUGUUUUUGUCAUAUAUUUGAUCCUCUGGUGAUUUUACUGUAAGUAAAUAAGUUGCAAAAGGGGCUUGUUAAAGAGACCUUUAUUCACAGUGCUUAGCAAAUCGUGCCAGUUAGUCCUAUUCACACACGGGGGCGGAAAUACUCUUAUAAAUCUAGGGUCUGGAAUUACCCAGAAAACCACAUCUUGUGCAGUGGCACAUCCCCUUACGCGUCUAGGCCAAACAAUGGAAUGCUCCCUCUCUCAAACCUGGGGAAAAAGUGUAUGUUUUUAUUUUAGUUUUUUGUUAUUAUCUGUUUUUUUUUUUGUCAUCCAUCCCUUGACAUUAGUGGUUCAGGGUAUGGAAAAUCAAAUAUUUUGGUCUCAAACGGAGUAUUUGUUCCAGGUAGUAUGCUGCACACUUCCACCUGAAUUACCGGAGUCGUAGACUACGAGCAUCCUUUGUUUCCCUCAGGUAUAGUAGAGGGAGCGAAACGCGACCGCGCGGUGAAAAUCACCCCACGCAAGAAAGGUGAGACGCUGCGGGGAGAGAAAAACAUGAGAGAUUGGGCUUUGUCUGUAGUCCCUGAUUUUUCUCUCUCCCCGCCGCGUCUCGCCUUUCUCGCGUUGGAUGAUUUUCACGCACACACGCGUUUCGUUCGCUCUACUAUCCCUGAGGGAAAAUGAGGGACUAAUCGUAGUCUACAAAGAUUGGUACGACGCUUUCAUUUGAGUUGAUCCAACAUAUACAGAGAGCAUUCAUUUUAGGGACGGACCAAUAGAAAAGUUAUGGGGGGGCGAAGUAAAGAAAAAAAAUUCAUGCAUGCUGAGUAGACCAGGAAAAAAAUUCCUGCAUUGGCCUUCCACACAUUUUGCACAAAUCUCAAGAAGGCAGGCAGGAAAGCGUACUGUUUGCAAAACAUCAGCCCUUUGCAGGGGAAUAAACUUCCUGCUGAAUUUUGGUCCUGUAAAUAAUCAUACUCGAUACAAAAAAAUAUAUCUAAGGCUUGUAAGCUUAUCAUAAAUUUUAAUGGCUGUCAAUUUCAGAUACGAUUAUUAAAUAACUUUAAAUAGAUUUAAUUAUACUUUUCUAUGUAUUGUAAAAAAUCAACAUCUUAUAAGGUUAUCAUUUCCUUACGUUGUGUUAUAUAUCUAAUAUCUGGAACAAAUCAUUUCUUUUAAAUACCAUAGAUAACAAUAAUCAGAGCACUCUAAAUCAGAAAGAUCUGUUUUAGCCCAAAAACAGGGCCGUUUCGGUGAGUAAAAUACAGUCCUAUUUUUUGUCUAAUUUGGCUCCCUUAAAUCAGGGCCAAUACAGUCUAAUUAGCUAGGGCUGAUUUGGUCCCAGGGCUGAAAUGGGCCCUACCGUGGGCUGGAAUAGCCUUUUGGUAGAGCUUUUUUGGCCUGAAUUGUGCUCAAAUGGCUCCAAGAAGGGCUGAAUCAGACUUUGGCCUGUAGGGCUGAAUUGACACUUUGGGGCUGAACCAGAUCUUUUUAAUUUACAGUGAGUAUUCCCCACAAAUCGAAGGAAACACCCAGAAACAUCCAGAAUAUAUAUUAUUUCCUGGUACUUCUAACAAGCAACAGAUAAAUAAAAAUAAAAAUAAUAAAAAAAUCUAUUUUCUUAGAUUUUGUUUUUACAGUUGUUGCCGGCCCUUUUAGAAAAAUGGAACUAACUCAAAGAUACAUGUUCUUUUCAGACUAGCAGCCUAAAGACUUUAAACAUCUGGUCAAAUUUAUCUAUUUUUACCACACAUUUUUAGACAAUUUCCGUUCUGAUUCUUGAUAAUAACAAUAUCAUCAUCAUAAUUGUAUUUUAUAAACAAAAACUUAAACGUAUCGAUAUGGUAAGAAUAUAUCAUAAUUUGUCAAUGGUAGGGGUAUGUUGCAGAAUGCAAAACACUGAACGCAGAAUGCAGAACGCAGAACGCCGACAACCCGGCAACUGACGAGGUUCGUGAGGAGAACGAAACCAUGGUCUUGCCUGAUCACAAACUGUGGCAAUAACAAAACAGUUUAAAGACUGUUAAGCUUAUUCAAAGCUAUUACCAAGGGAGGAACUACGCGCUCCAGUCAAAAGACUCACACUAUCUUUAGAAAAACACUAAGCUGGAGUUUACUGAGUCACAAUUCGAUUCUCCAUGGUAAGUUUAUGUAGCACUAAAAUCACAUUGCUCAGUAUAAAUGCAGAACCUUCCAGAGCAUAAUCUACCCAGCAGAUAAAACAACUUUAUUGGAAUAAGCAGCAUUUUGGCAUGAGGUAAAAGUCGUGUAGGCCUACCUCCCCCUUUUAUUGCUGGUCAAAUAAAAGGAGUAAAGAGAGCCAGGGACCAGCUGAAUGUGUCCGUUUUACAGAGGUGUCCGUCUUAUAGAGGUGUCCGUUAAGAGAGAGUCAACUGUACACUCUUUUAGAAUGCCUUAUUUAUAAUGCUGUUUACAUGUAAAAUUUCAGCAAUGCAAUAAACCUGCGCAGUACCAAUGCAUGUACAAUACAGGAUACCUUGUGUAUAAAAGGCUAUUGUGAACUGUACCUUAGAAUAUGUAUCAAUUUACUUUCGCAUACGUGCCCAGGUAGCCUAUAUUUAAAUUAUGCCCUUGGUUAAGUGAACAACUGAAUGAUUUAAUAUUUUUUUAGUUUAGUGUUACUUCAAGGAAAAAAAAUAUUCUUGCACAACAUCUUGACCAAAAAAAAUAUUCAUUCACGGGAAACAUUAAAGAAAAAAAAUUCCUGCGGCUCGAAAAUUCCCCGCCCCCCAUAACUUUUCUAAUGGUCCGUCCCUUACAUAGAAGAGAAAAUUUAAUCUCAUUAACCUAAACGGGUUUUCACUGCCAAUUAGAGUGUCCUUAGUUGUACUGACUGCAGAAACAGUCGUUCUCCGAAAUUGCAUCGUUAAUACUGGCACUGAGGGGCAAUAGAAAGUGUCCGUAUUAAGCGGGUUGAAUGAAGAGAAAAAAAAAAAGGCUUUCUUUUCCCAAGGGCAAAGCAAACUAUCCGUAAUAAUGAGGUGUCCGUGUUGAGCGGGUGUCCGUAAAGGGGGAUUUGAAGCAUAUAAUGCUUGGGUUUUUUAAACUUCGUGAUGUUCGAAAAAAAUUCAACGCUAGAGCUAAUGACUGCUUUCGAAAUCAGACAAAACGUUUCUUAUUUGAAUACCAAAUUGAACAAAUCAUAGAAUUUGCAUUUCUUGAAUUCCAACAGUCUCGGACAUUUUGAAAUCAGCAUCCCUUUUGACAUAUGUUUCCUGUCCAAACAUUCCACAUCGCUCUACCAGUGGAUGUCCCUAGGCCUACCUUUUACGCGUUAUCACCAACGACUGUACACAUUCGCUCCAUAACAAAAGAGCUAUUCGAAAAAUCAUUUUUGAUUAAAAAUCAAACAGUCGAGUUUGUUCUGACACUUUCUUAAGAUUAUGAAAUUGCUUGUAAUCAGGGGCACCCAACGGCAAUUUUCGGGAAAAUAUCUGUUCGGAAGACGAUUUGAGAUCUAGAAUUUUCGGAGCAUUUGUUGUAAAAUUUCUUGCUUGCCUGCCUCUCCUAGGAUUUUCGAACAUCUACAAAAUGGUAUAAUUGCCCAUUUUUAACGGAUUUUGACCUUAAAAAAGGCCACCUAGAAUUUUCGGGAGCCUUUUCCUGCCUGAAAUCUUCGAGAAGGUAAGUUUUUAUCCCUAUAAUUUUCGGAUCACUAGACUUUCAGCUAGGAAAUCCGAACAGAUGGAAAGUUUUUGGGGAAUAAAAAUAUGCCUAUAUAUAUCUACCGUUUGAAUACUAAAAUACGUUCAACAAUGCUAUGAUAAGUGGUUUUGAACUAUAUCCUCGUUGGGUGCCCCUGUUGUAAUGGUCUCCGGAUCCUUUUCAUGCUCAUCCUUUUAGUGGUUGCCGAUUGUUGAUCGCUUGUGUUCCUCAAUUCAAUUCAAUUCUUUAUUCACACUAUAUAAGAUAUUUACAUAAGUGUACGUCGUAGGAAAAUAAAGUAGCUGACAAAUAAUAAUUAACUAAAAGACAUUAAGUUCAUUUGUGUACGGUGUCCAAAGUAGCAAGAGCUUUUUUGUUGGACACCGUCAUGUUGAAAUAAUUGGCAGCAGUAAAGAGAGGAAUAAAAUCUCAAAUAAUAUCAGUGAUAGAACAUAUAAGCAAGGUCAGAUUUGGUUGGUUAGAAGACAGGACUUCCAUUCUUUCUUAAACUUAUGAUAUGGCAGACACUUGAGACCAGGCGGUACAGUCUCCCAGAUUUUUGGAGCGGAGAAUUUAAAGGACGUCUUACCUAAGUUGGUGGAUACUCUUGGCCUAAAAUAGUUCAGAUUACUGACAAAUCUUGUAUUAUGAUUGUGUAUACGCGAUGCUGGAGUUCCUCCCUGACACUUUGAUGUAAGUGUCGACUCGUGAAGCUGACAAGUCUGCAUCGUGUAGACCAUCCGUCAAUGGGGCGAGUAGGAGAGAACCCUGGGAAUGAGCUCGAGGUUGCUGAGAUCACUGAGUUGGUGAUUUCUGGUCUUGGAAAGGUGAGACAAUUUUGGGACGGGAACAUCUCGUUCAUCGGAUACCCCUUGCACAUUCUCAGUAAGUUUCGUUUCAAUAAAAUGUCUGAUGAUGUUCUCUACGAGGGUUUCAGGGUGGCAAGCGAGCAAAAACCUUUUUUAAGACGUUCACAUUGUUGAUGAAAAAACUGCUAAUGCGAAGAUCAGCGAGUUUGAACGCACGGUUAACCAUGGCCUUUCAGCAGAGAAUGUUUGUACUUCACAUCAACAUUGCUUUGGUAAUGCAGUAAAAUUUUAGCUAGUAUCGGUUGGUUUCACGCAGAGUCCUUCGUUUCUAGUUGGGGACCAUUUCUCACCAUUCCAAGAAAGGGAAACGGUUUGCCGUUGAGUUAUAGUUCCCGUUGCUGACAGGAUUGGACGGACCGGUUGUUUCUUCUUAUGAGUGACUCGAUCCGGCGCUCGAAGCUAUUUGUUUAAUUAUUUCACUUUUAAACAUCUUUUAUCGUUUUUAUCGCCUUAGGGUUUAUUUUAUCAUUGACUCUGUAAUUUUCUUGUAUUGUUUCUAUGUAAAUACUUUAGAGUUUUUAGUCACUAUCUCAUUAGCCUUUUCACAACUGUAUAAAAAAGCACAUGCUAAGUUUUUUUAACUCUGGCCCCAGUUGCUUAAAAGUUGGAUAGCGCUAUCCACCGGAUAAAUCACUAUCCAUGCAACGGAUGAUAGUUAGGGAAACCGAUUGCACUAUCCAGUGGAUAGAGAUUUAUCCGGUGGAUAGCGUUAUCCACCGGUUUUGAACGACUGGGGCCUGAACUUGAAAAUGACCGUCGAACGGUCGAAACGUUUUUGUUUUUUAACGUUAAUUUUUAUAGUGAAAAUAGGUUACCAACUAUGUGAUUGCUAUAGUGUUUAAUUACUUUGUUUUCCCGCUUUUAUUUUUCGCCGUAGAUAUGUCAGUAAUAAAGGGGAUUCGAGGCCCAAAAAGUGUUUCGUUCCUAUUCGCCUCUCAGAACCGACUGGGCUUAUAAUCAAACUGUCUGAUCGCUCGCUCUAUUUUCUCUUGCUACAUCUCCUCUCAGUUCAAUGCUUCUAACUCGCUGGAUAAGGGCUGCCUGGAUCAGGGUAGCGGUGUUAAAUCAAAUAACUUAAUUCAUUGAUUGACUCGACUUUCGAAUACUGAUUUACGGACACCCGAAACAGUUCUGCUCAGACUGCUUUAAUUAGCCAGUGGGGUAACUUACAUGCGAGAAUAUUUUCUCGUUUUGAUUUCAAACAAUUUGAACUGAAAUACGCACUCAGAGGAAGUAGGUGCACAUUACGGUUCCUCACGGCGCUAACGAGAUUUUCAGUAAACUUCGUGAAGAGAAUUCGAUUUAAAAGAUUACUCAACAAAAUGUGACACAGUCCCAGUACUAGGGUUUGGUUUAUCAUUUACUAUUUGACUAUAUCGGCCAGCACCGCCUCUGCGUCUAACAUUGAGAAAGCCAUCAAUUCACUUGAAACAACGCUGGAGAGAAAACUCAAUCAACUAAUCGCUGUAGUGAACGCCACAGCUCAUGAAACAUCAAACAGUGGGCCCGGUACGUAUUAUUAGAUUGCGACACCAAAGGUAUCUCGCCUUUAAGUCAAUAUGUCAAGUGGUCACGCGAUAUCACUCUACCUACUGUAGACUGUACCUUCGGAUUUCAUGCUACUAAAAAAAUCGAGUGAACUAAAAUAUAUUAAAAUGAGAUGAGAGGCAAGUUAGAGGGAUGUAAUGUGUAUGUGUGGCUCUUGACUCUAAAGAUACUAUUAUUUGCUAUCUAUAUCAAUGACCCUCUGAGAAACAGAAGCUCUCUAGCUCUCGGUGAAGCGAGAGCUAGUUCAAUUAAUGAUAAAACCUCGCAAUGGUAAAUCGCUAUCGACAUUCAACAUACAGCACAGUUGUUUUCGUGUGGGCACUUUAUGUUCCUUUUUUUCAAUUGCGUAAUUUAAUUGUUAUUUAUCUGCAUUUAAAAACUAAGCUUCUUAUUCAAUUUUUCGAAAUAGAAAUUAACAAAUCAAUAAUAAAAAUCUGCAAUAAUUCAAUCAAUGAAUUCUGUGAUUCCUUAAGUUAUGGCGCCCAUGCAUGGUAAACAGUCACUUUUAUUAAGACCAAAACAACUGAUCAAAUCAUGUUAUUUCAUCUUCGGUAGGCAUGUCUGGCUUUCAAACCUGCAAGGACAUUUACGACAAUAAUAAGUAAGUUCAAAUUUGUCUACGAGUGCAAUUUCUAAAGGACAAGAAAUUGAAGUGUAGAGUACGUUAGUUGACCACUUUAACUGAGCCCUACAUUUUUGCACAUGAUGACAUUGUUCAUUAGUCUUUUACUUUCUCCUAUUUCUCAAAGCUAGAAGAGGGCUUAAGAUCAAUUAGGGAUGACGUGUCAACUGUAAAGAACUGAGUACAUUCACCCCCCACCGUCACUAACCAUGCAACAACGGCCACGUUCUCCGUCGCUUUUUAGUCAUUAUUUCACUCAUGAAUGCCCUCGAAUAAAAGCGGAAAGAGGUAAGUAAAUUUCAUCAGUUUGAUUUUUUUUGACAGAGCUCGCGGAAAUAGAGCUUAUCCACUCAAAAUGCAGUCUGGGAAGGUGCUGCUGUACUGUCACAUGACAAAUAUUGGACUUGGCGCAUGUGGAGGAGGGGGAUGGACGCUGGUGAUGAAAACUGAUGGCCAUAAGGUAUUGUUACAAUCUGUUGGCUCAGAAUUAAGGCAAAAGCAUGAACAUAGUCCUCCACGCCGUAGUUAAUGCUGUUAUUAGCCAGGGUCAGUUAUUAAAAAUCUAGUUCUGAGAAUCUUCAAAGAAAUUCCCCCUAACUUUUUGUGAUGACCUUUUUGCAGUUUCAUAGAGAAUUACCCGUUUACAAAUUCCUUUUUAUUUAUUUUCACGUUUCUAUCGUAGCCAACUUUUCACUUCAAUUCCAAACUUUGGAGCAACAAGGUCAAUUUCAACCUUCCGGGAGGGAAGACUGGGAUCGACGCACAUGAGACUAAGCUUCCAACCUACUCGAACACACCCUUCUCAAAGAUCUGUCUGGGAAUGAAAAUCGGACACCGAAAAAAGUUCGUUGUACUCUUCAAGCAAGCGCACUCCCUCCACUCACUGAUUUCUGAUGGUGUUUACCGCCCUAGCUCUCUGGGUCGCAACAAGUGGAAGUCGCUGAUUGGUUCUGCUUCCCUACAGCCUCACUGUAACCAGGAGGGAUUCAACACCAAAUGGAGCUUCAGCCAUCCCAAAGAGGUCCUCAGGGCAGCCAGAAUUGGUAUUCUUGGAAACAACGAACAUGACUGCAUAAGUUGUGACUCUAGAAUCGGGUUUGGUACCGGAGGAGGCCCCGAUGACAACAACACGUGUGGAAACGAAGCUACUGCCGAGACCGGGGCAGAUAACGGAGACAAGCACAUCAAAGCAAUGGGAUACAUCUUUGUUCAGUAAAAUUACAAGGGACUAGUACCUCCAGCACCAUUUCAAGUGUUGCCUUUCGAAGGAUAAAAUUUUGCUUUUUUGUUUAAUUAAGUUGUUUCUUUGUUGGUUCAUGUUUGUUUGUGGUUUUGUUGUGAAAAAAGAUUUUGUAAUUGAGUGUGGUUAGAAGAAACUGUACACAUGAACUUUGUGUUUGCGGAGUGUGCAUAAUAAACACGUUUUUGAGC